AUGUCGUGUGGAGCUGUCAUCGGUCUGGUUUUUCUGGUCAUCACCAACUUGGCGGUGAUCAUCGCCUUUGUGACACCCUACUGGGUGGAGUUCAGGGCACACCGGAACCAGGGUCUCCUCGCUUACUGCCAGUCCGACUCCUGCACGUGGGUCUUUGAAGAUCAGUACAGGUCCCUGUCCAGCUUUGACGUCACUUCAGAGUGGUGGAUUGCAACAAUAGCGCUGGUGAGCUUUGGCUUUGUGCUUUGUAUAAAGGCCUUACUGCUAGCAACUAUAGCUUUGUGCUGUGACUGCAGGGGCUGUAAUGCUAGUCAUGCGAUCGGCGGAAUACUCCUUCUAGCCUUUCUUUCGCUUGGAGUAGCUGCAACUGUGUUUGGAGUGUGUGCCAACAAAUACCAUGAUGUGGAUGUUGAGAUGACCUCACUCAUUGGAAGACGCUUUGGAUGGUCAUUCUGGCUCAACACAGGUGCAGCUGGGGCUGCUCUAAUUACCUCAUUUAUUUACGUCAUUCUUGGUCGCAGCAAGUCAGCUUAG